UCCACAAUUCCGGCUACGGAGGACACGCGCGCGGCUCACGAUUUAUGUGUUUGUUCAAACUACCCCAGUGCUCCACCUGAGACCAGGAUACUUAAGCGGGUGACCAAUAUCGUUUGCAAAAUUGGCACCUGCUGGGUGGAUUCGGGGAGACACCGUGUAGUGCACGAAAAUAAACUCCCCCCACACACACCCAAUGCACCCCCGCGUACAUCCAUCAGUCUCACACCUUAGGGGGAUAUCCCAAGAAAUUUUUGCGCUACUCUUUGUUUGCUUUUAAGUGUGUACCUCCAACAAAACCCCGUGUGGAGUUUAGGUGUUGCUUCACGUUCUGUGUGUACCGCCAAAAAAAUCCUCGAAGAAAAUCACGUUUAUCUUUUUUAAACGAAAAAAAAAUUAGGUUUCUCAAAGAAAACCCCCAGAAAACGCCGAAGGAAAAAAAAUAGGCAAAUUUCUCUGCAUCGCGCGAGGAUUGCAGACUUGAGGGUAAAAGAAAAGAAAAUUACAAAAAAAAGGCGAUAAUCCACCUCAGAGCGCCAAAGGGGAUUUUGUGCGGUGUUGGUGAUUGUGUGUGAAAAAGAAAAUCACCGUUUUGUCCUCAUUUCACCAUCAGGAGACUCCGUUCCGAAGGAGGAGUGCGGUGUGUGGAAGUUUCACCAAGUGAAAAUUAUUCUUUUUUGCGUGUUGCGCGACUUCACAAAGUAAAACCAAACACAGUGUUGGUGACUCACAGUGAUUGGGAGUUUUGUUAUAUGGUUGAAAAUCCAAGAGAGUGAUCGCAUCUAACAACCCCCUUUUGAGAGGAGACACCUCCCAACCCUCUCUGUGCAAUCCUGCUCGACGUAACCACAUGGAAUCGCCAAAAUGUGAUACCCUCUCGAAUUCCUGGAUAAACAACAAGAAGACUCAAUACUUUGGAAUUCGGCGUGAUGGAUGAGGACUUGGAGACAACAGUAUGAGAAAAUUUGGGGCUUUAAUGCCCCACAGAUUAACCGAACGCAACCAUGAAAUGCCGCAGAAGCCCGCAAGACCAAUGAGACUCCCAUCCGAACGCCUUCGCAGUGCCCUCCUUGUCGCCUCAAUGGCCAUCCUGGCCAUUGGGCUCGUCAAGGGGGACAAUGACAACGGAGGGGAUCUCCUGGGUGGAUUCAGCUUGGGACCAGAAAUCACAACAACGGAAUUCGAUUACAGCAAUAGGGGAAAUCGGAAGUUUGGCGACAAGUGCGAAGUGACGAAUGACUGUGGCUUUCCCGGGUCAAUUUGCGAUUCGAAAAAGAAAUCAUGCCAAUGCGUGCCCGAACUACCUGCCACCAAUCACAUAGACAAGUGUGGGAAAGAGGCUGCCAUCAACGAAAGUUGCUUCUUCAAUGAACAGUGCGAAGCCCUCAACUUUCAGACUGAGUGUCGAGAUGGUCGGUGCAUUUGUCGCUUUGAAAUGUCCCCCGUUGUUAAUAAGGAUGGGAGUAUCGAGUGCAAAGGCAAGAAUGAACCAAUUGAACCGGUAACGUAUGUGGAUCCCGCCAUGAUUGGAGUGCUCGUCGGCAUGGCUCUUAUGUUCGUCAUUAUUUGCGUGGUUCUCAGGCUCUUUAGUCGGGCUCGCUGGCGUGAAAAUCGUACAAUCUUCAACACACCAAACCCACGCCUCAUGAAUGUGUCCCUGUUGCGUGAGAACAAACUAUUGCAUGGGCAGGAGAGACGCGGUUCCAGGAUGUCGGUGAGGGUACCAUCACGCCAGCCUAGUAUGGCCUCAUUGCGUCCUCACUCACCGAAUGCAUCUCUAGGUAAGCAAGGCUCCCGCCGUGGUUCGCGUGGCAGCAGCAAUGCCUCAGCCACGUCCACCAAGUCUAACCGCAGCACCACCAAUGCGCCCGCUUCUGCAGCCCACAAUAAUCAACAACCGGAUCUGCGUCAGGUGCAAGCGAGACUUGCCAAUAGUACGCCCCCAUCCAUUGUGGAGAGUGUCACAGUUGAAAUAACAGAGCCGAAAGCAUGAAUAUACGAAGUGUCCCAUAAAUAAAUAUUUUCGAUAGUUAAAUAUUUAAUUGCACCCACACUAUACACCAACCGAUGCGUUUUCAAAUAACCCCUCCCUUAAAAAAAAACUCAUACCCUCCAUGAUCCUCUUUUUGAAAAAAAAUAACCGAAAAAUACGCCCCCGACGAGGCGUUAAAAAGAGGAUCGUUGCGUUUUAACAUUUUUGCCCAAUAAAAUAAAUAAAUAAAAAUAAUGAUGGUUUAAGAACAAAAAAAAAACAAAGCAUAAUAAACCUUAACAAAAAAAGAUAACCAAAUGAGCACAAAUUAGGAACAAUAUAUGGUUUGUUGACACAAUACUCGAAAAAAUGUAAACUAAACUCUAUUAAAAAAAUAAAUUCUGUACAAUUGGAAGCAAAUGAGCAUCCUAAAGCGAUUUCUAAAAAAAACCUAUUCAUAUAAAAAGCAUUUUCAUUGAGCGGAAGUGAUGAAAUACUAAACAUAGCAUCGUUCAAUGGCACAAAAAAUGGAUUUAUGAAGAGAUAUUAGAUGGUAUAAGAAUGAUAAUUAAAAGAAAAACUUUAUAAAACGUAAAAAAGCUUUAACGCCACUCUAAUCCAUAAUAAAUAUAAAAAUAAAUUUAAAAAAAUAACCAAAAACAAAGAAUAAAUAAACAAAAUAUAUAUUUUAACUUUAUUUUCGUGAUUGUAAAUGAAGCAUUUUGAAUGUGAAUUUUAAUUUCUCCUUCUGAAAAAAAAACUGCUUCUUUAGGAAGAAUUUGCUGUGUUUAGCCCAAGGUUUUAGCCAAUUGUAAGAACUGCGAUGUUCUUGUGCGCGAUGAAAGUACAGUAAAGUGAUAAAAAAAGAACUUAAGAGAAGCUUUCAACUCUAAAAAAAAACUUUUGCAAUUCUUUAUAGGGACCAUGUUAGUUGCAUUAAAAAUUUUUUCCAACAAAAAAGUGCUACACAUUUAAAAAAUAAAAAAUACUAAUUAAAUAAAAUGAAGACAAAGUGUUUUCUAAAUAAACAAGAAAAUUCACCAUCCUGUAUGAAUGCACGAGUGACAAUUAAAUCGCAGAGAAAAAAACUUUUAAAAAAAUAAUGAAGAAAAAUCUUGGUGUUAUUUAUACAAAUGCUAAAAUAAAUCAUUUAAUAAAAAUGAAAAGGAUAAAAUGUGUGCAGAUAUAAAUCCUUGGAAAAUCUAAAUAUACGUAUAAUUGUAAAUUUUAUUUAAAAAUAAAAAUGAAAACGCGAAGAAAACCUACACAAUGCUUAUUUAACAAAAGCAAACAAUAAAGGAAAUACAAAAAAGCAAAUUUAAAAAAGUCCAGAAAACAAUAAAUAUUAACAAAAAAACAUAAAUAAAUUGAGGAAAACAAUUAAAAAGAAAAUAAAAAAUACAGAGAUAGUUCAAUAAUAAUUGUAAAGCUUGAUUUGAGAGGACAAAUCCCGAAAAUUAACUCAAUAUCGUGUCCAUUUCACGCUUUUUGCAACUUUAUAUUGACAAAAACUCAUGUUUGACCAUGCUCAAUGGACACGCGCCGCAAAUGGAAAUUCUUAUUAGACUAAAAAUUCAUUUCAUAUACAUAUUUACUAUCACUAAUAUUUAGUUAUGGUACAUUUUGCCUCGGUAUGACAUCAUAAUUAAUAUUUAUGCCCCCCCAAAAAAAAUAUUCGUGAUAUUGUGACGUUAAGCGGAAGUACUACUUUAAAGUGAGCGAGAAAACACGAUGGAUCUAUAAAAAUAAUUAAAUGUAUAUUAAGAAAAAAAUGAAGAACAAUUUCUUAAAAAAUGUAAACAAAGCGGUAUUUUUUCAUAAAUUUUUCACACUAUGUGGAAGUUAAAUUAUCCUUAAAAUACUGAGAGAUGGAGAAAAAGUAUUUCUUGCAGAGAUUUUGGUAAAUUUUUCAAAGGAAAUUUUGAAAAAUUAAUAGUUCGUGACGUUUUGAAAAUUCUCUGAUUAAAAAGAUUUUAGAUAAAAAAAUUAAAAAAACUAAGGCUUCCAUGAAACUUUAAGCAUAUAUUUUUAGUUCUUCUAGUUAUAUUUUAUGCUAGAAACUACCUGCCAAUUUUUCUUUUAAAGAAUUUUCUUUAAUGUCAAAGAAAUAAAAAAAAUGCAAACUUAAAAACAUAUUUGGCCUAAAAAAGCUGUGAAGCUUUGUGCUUCUUGAAAGCUUACAAAUCCUGAGAAUCUUUAGAAGCUUUUCAAAGGAUAAAAAAAUAUGAAGAAAAUUAGCUAAGAAAUUAAUUAUCAGAACUCCUAAAAAUAAAUUUUAAUUAAAAUCUUUGCCCAAGUUUCCGAUUAAAUCAAACCAAAAUGGUUUAAAAAAUUUAUAAACUUGUUUUUUUUUCUUUAUUGAUUUUGAAAAUAUUUUUCAAUAGUUCAACGAUAAAUAAAUAGUUUUUCUUUAUGAAGAUUUCAAAACAAAUCGACAGUCUAAAAAAAAGAUUCUGAACAAAAUAAUUUUGGAACUAAAGUAAUUUAAUUACCAAUAUUAAUUAAAAAAAAAACUUUCUAAAUAGAAAGAUCCUCUUUCUAAAUAAGAAUUAAAACUAAAAUGAAUUAGAGAAUUAAAUGAAAAAGCAGACAAACACGAAACAAACUCAAAAUUCCUUUUUAAAAAUUCACCAAAACGUUUUGCAAUAAGUUUAUGAUUAAAUAAUAAAGUAAAUCUCUAUUAAUUAUGUAAAAGAUAACUUGCUGCAUUGCUGAACAAGAAAACAAACAGCAGCGUGUGGGAACCAUAGUGAGAAAAAGCACUAAAAAUCGAGAUUCUUAAUAAGACUUCAACGUCAAACAACAAGUCCAAAAAAAUCCAGAAAAUUUUGGACUUGAUGAGCGGCCUCCUUAUAAAACUUUAAAUCAUAUACAAAACUUACCAGAAACUAUCGACUUUAAUUAUUUCCAAUAUAUUUCUAGCAUGUAGCCAUAUGCCUUCAUUUGAUGAGGGAAAAAAACAAUCUUUGCUAUAUAUUUGAGGUAGAGAAAUGAUAUUGGAGUGAAACUUUAUACAAUUACCAAAUAAAUAAAAUAAAGCUUAAGAAAAUUUUUAAAUUUACUUUAGUAAUAAAAGAUAAAAGAAAAUCUUCUAAAACGUGCGAGAGAGUAAGUAAAGUAGGAUUUUUUCCGUAAAUAGAGGCACAUAAAUUAGCUUAAAAGAACAAUAGAAUAUAUUCAUAAUUUUGUAGAUUUAAGGGUGUGAUUAACCACAAAAUAUAAUAAUAGAUUUAGAUGUGAAAUUAAUUUUGAGAAAAUCCUCACAACACAUUUUAAAAGAAAUUCGUUAUAAAGGCACCAAAAUGAUGCUUAUUACAGACACCAAUUUGUUCGUCACAGAGAAAAGAACCCGCAAAAGUAAUUACGGAGAAAGUUCUCUAAAAUUAAUUCAAGCACAACAAUCCUUAAUCCUUUUAGACAUUUAAUUAAUGAAUUAUAGAAAAUAUAUUAAAAAAAAAUAAAGUUAGAGGAUUAAGAAGAAAUUUUUAACCCAUUCUUGAAAGUCACAGAACAGCAUUAGGAAAGGAUAUUAGACGGGAUGGAAAGGAUACAAAGGAAGUAGGCAUUCCAUAGUCUCGGGCAAAAAUACUGGAAGCUAAUUUUUUCUUGACACUAUGAAUGAUAAAAAUUAAUGGAAAAGGUUCCAAAAGACACAUUAAAACUGUCUCGAAAGUUGCGACAAUGGCAUGAAGUUUAAGCUCAAGCGGGAAACACGAAAAUUUAAUUUAAAAGAAAAUCCACAUAAGAAAUAUUUAGAUUAUAAAGCAAAAAAAACUAUAGAAUUAGUGGAAUUAGUGUGUAUUUUAUCUUUAAAAAAAUAUCUUUUAUUCUCAAGUGAACCAUACUCACAAACAUUCCAUUGGAACACGCAUUUUAUGCCCCAAAUUAGCUUUGGUCGUUUCAUUAACAAACAAAAAACAUCAUCUUACUAAGGAAAAAAACCCCUAAAAACAUUUAUCACAUAAGAAAAAGUUAUUGAAGGGAAAUUUACAUGAUUUUUCGUGCUUUAGUUGUGUGCUCAAAAUAUGGAAUAAAAAAUGAAGCUGAACUGUGAAGAAAUUUUUCUACAAU